AUGUCUCCAAUUUACGCAUUCCUGACGAACGGAACCCUGCCCACCGAUAAGUCCCAAGCUUGGAAGCUCCGGUACCGAUCGGCGAGAUAUAUGGUCAUCGACGAUGUUCUGUACAAGCGAGGCUACACCACGUCGUAUUUGAAGUGCCUCACUAAGGAGCAGGGGGACUAUGUCCUUCGGGAAGUUCACAGUGGGGUCUGCGGUGACCACUCAGGGUCCCGAUCGCUAGAACACAAAGUCUUCCGGCAUGGGUAUUUCUGGCCAACCCUACACCAAGAUGCGAACGUCUUAGUCAAGAAGUGCGACAAAUGCCAACGGUUCAGUAGUGUCCCUCACAUCCCUGCCGAGCCUCUCUCACCAAUCGUAAGCCCAUGGCCUUUCGCCCAGUGGGGACUGGACUUGAUUGGCCCGAUGCCGCAAGGUAAGGGCUAG